AUGCGAGCGAAAAUCCACGUGAAGUACGGGAACGUCGCUGAUCGCCGAGAAGACGUGGAACACUAUAUCGAGACACUGGAUGACCACGUACUCGCAAAUCAAUUGACCUUGCUGCGUUUGGACGACGUGGAUACGCUGGAUUAA